AAACAAAAAUAUACUUCAAUAAUGUGUAUUUUACUGUUAAUAAUAUUUUAAUUAACAUAUAUUUUACACAUACUGUAUAAAGCUUAUAUUCCGAUUUAUUUACAGUUACUACAUUUUUUAAAGAAGUAUGACUGCUCGAUUAAUAGCGUCAAUAUUUCGAGAGAACUUGUUGUACAUCAUACAAAAUUAUAUACUUUCAAUCAUUCCAAAUAAUGAAUCUUUAUUUAUAAUACAAAAUAAAUUUUAAUUUUCACAAUUCAAAUUAAUGUUUAAUCAGAUGGCAGUAGUGUGCUGCCAUCUAAAUAUCUGUCAAGAUUUCAAAAUAGUUUAUUAAACUUUAGGAGCGAGGUUAUUUUUCAUUUGUUAAUUGAAAUGUUGGAGUAAGAAUAAACUCGAAUACGUGAGCCGGUUGACUAAUUAUUCUGUCAUAAUUUUUACCUUAUGUGAGAGAAGAUAAGACAUUGUUUGUUUAAACUAUUUAGCGAAAUGUCAUCAAAAACAGAGGUUACAUUAGAACAUUUUUAUAUAUUUAAUGGAACAUAUGCAAAAAAAGAAGGAGAAGAGGAAAAGAAAAUUCUUUAUUAUUAUCCUGAAAGAGAUUUAGAUGUUCAAAUUAAGAACAUAGGACUUAGUGAAGCAAUUAUUAAAUUUGCACAGUCUUUUAAUCCUGGACAACCCUGUGACUACUGUCACACACACAAAACUCGUCAAAUAUAUUAUCAACCAGAACCAAAUUUUUGGAUGGUAAUGAUUGUUGGAGUACCAUAUAUAUGUAAAGAAAAAGAUGGUGUCAGAUAUGUAGAAUAUCAAAAUGAUGAAGUUUCUAGUAGCAUUUGUCAAUCAAUAUUAAAACAAGCAUAUGUUAUGUUCAGAUUAUUCAUGGGUUCUUUUGACACUAUUAUUAAUGAGCCUGAAUGUGGAGGUAUAACAUUAUUAAAACAUACACUUGAACAUUUUUAUUCUAGGUAUUUACUAUCUCUAAAGUUAAAUAACAGUGAUAUUUUGGAUGUUUUCCAAGGAUUACAAUUUUUACCUCUUGAUAAAAUAACAUUUUUAAGGGUUCAAUGCUUUAUGAAUCUUGUAGAAGCUAUGUUUUCUCAAGUAAAAUAUACAGCAUUCCUUUAUAAUGAUCAAGUUGUAUGGAGUGGUUUAGAACCUGAAGAUAUGCAAGUUGUUUAUAAUUAUUUAGUAAGUACACUUCUACCAGCUCAUCUUGAGAAAGAAUUACAUGGAGGUUCAAUGCCCAGAAAUUCACCCUCACCAUUUACAACUUCACACUAUGGAAAAUUUGUUACUGGUCCAUCUAGUAUUAAUGAACCAAGUUUAAUCGGAAAAUCUCCUAAAGUGUUUAUAAAUUAUUCCACAAAACCUGUCUCUUUGUACUUAGUAGUUUACAGAGCACUAAGUGCCACAAUUUGUCUUUUCGUUGACAGUAAAACCAGUUUAUUAAUAGAUUUUUUUAAAAGUCUGGAUAGUUUUCUUGGUCCACAAUUGACUACACUUGUCAGUUCAGUUGCAGAACAAUGUGCUAAACAUGUUACAGUCACUCCAGAAUCUUGUACGAAAUAUUUGUAUUUUAAUAAACUAAAUCUAGCAUAUAAAAGUACGAUACAUCUAGAUAAUAGACGAUGUUCUAACGUACUCACUACACCUGAAGUAUUGAGAGUUAUCACUGACAUAUAUAGCGACACAAAUAAGUUGAAAGAAGCCGGUGAAAUAGUUAUAAAAACUAUGAGUGAUUAUUGGGUUAUUGGAAAAUUAGCAAACUUGAGAGAAUUCUUUGUAGUUAUUCAACAAAAAAGUGCAAGCAUUAUCGAAAUAGAAGAUGAAGUAAAAAGACUUUGUGAGAAACAAUUAAAAAGCAUAUUUUUCCAUUAAUAAAGGAAAUAUUUAUGAAUCAAAUGAAAAAUCACGUAUCUCAUAAAUGUAUUAGUUAUAAAUGUUGAGCGACUAUUUUAUACAACGAUUGAACUGUUUAUUAUUUUCAUCAUGUACAACAUAUAUUAAAAUUAUAGAAAAUAAUAUGCUGUAAGUGCAAAAGAUUAUAUAAUUUAUAUAUAAAAUUUAAUGUAAAGUAUAAAUUCUGUACAUAUACACUACAUAUUUUUAAUAUAUUUAAAUUGUUUAAA